CAACCCGCCUCUGUCUGAUGUUGACCCCACCCAUCGCAUUCCUCUACAAAAGCAUCCCCAUCAUCACAACACCUUCAUUAGAGGUAACCGCUUGGUAAGGUGGGAGACUAACUUAAAGACGAAGCGAAAAGAAAUUCUCUUCAAAGAGCUACAAUAAAAGAAUGGGCUCCUCUGGUGUACAGAUCGUGUGUGUGGCACUGGGAAUUUUAGGUCUCAUUGCUGCAGUCGUGACCAUUGCUGUUCCAAGAUGGAAAGUUUCUGCCUUUAUUGGUCAGAACAUUAUCACUGCACAGGUUCAGGAGGAGGGCUUGUGGAUGGAGUGUGUGGUUCAGAGUACCGGACAGCAGCAGUGUAAAGCCUACGAAUCGCUGCUUAUUCUGGGCUCUGACCUUCAGGCGGCUCGUGCCAUGACCAUCAUCAGCUCUAUGCUCACAGUCCUGGCCCUGCUCAUUCUGUGUGCCGGAGCCGACUUCACCACCUGCAUUGACAACGAAGAUGUCAAACCCAAAGUGAGUCUGGUGUCCGCUAUUGGGCUGAUCAUCGCGGGCUUGUUGCUGAUCAUCCCCGUCAGCUGGGCGGCUAAUAAUAUUAUACGCGAUUUCAACAAUCCACUGGUCCCUCAGUCUAAUAAGAGAGAGCUGGGAGCGUGUAUCUUCGUGGGCUGGGGAGGAGGAGUCCUGCUCAUGCUGGCAGGAGGCCUGCUGUGUUGCUUCAGCAGACCCCGCUCUGGAGGAUCGAGCGGAACCGCCAAAUACUACAGCAAUAGCGCCUCUGCACCAAGCAAGAAUUAUGUGUAGAUAAAUAAAAAUGGUAGUUACAAUAAUUAUAGCUGUAGUCUAAAAUGGGUUAAUGUUAGUAAGUAGUCCUUAGCAGGCUAGUUGGUAUGAGGUCAAGAUCUAGAAAAAUGUAAAUAUUAUUUGUUUGGAGCGUUCAUAGAAAGCUUUUAAUCUUUAAGCUUUUUAAUGAAUUAACAUUAUAUUUACUGCUGCAAUUUCUUUGUGCAACUAAUAAACAAUGCAUUUGUGUAUUAAAAUUCAGGGAUGGGCCAAGCUUGUGUCCAAAAUACUUUCAGGUCAUUAUAUCUGUGCCAGAAAAUGUUAUUUCAAAAUAUGCUACUGAAUAUUUUUGAGUUAUAAGGAACUUUUUAAGAGCUUUUAAGGAAAUGGGAAUCUACUGCAAAUACUGUACAGUUGCUACACACUUUAGAUUUUUUUUGUGUGUAUUUGGUCAUAAUCAUUUCUAUUGCCUUUCAUGUAUUUUCAAUAAAACUUACUGAUUUAAGACA